AUUUUCAGGUACAUAGUCACAUUCAAUUAUGAGUUCUGAUAAGAUAUUAACCGAUGAUUUCUUCAAGUCAAUGUUUGGGGUACAUUCACCUUGGCUUUGUCGCGAGUUCCCAUCAGUAGCAGAAGGGGAAUCCCAUACUGUGUUAUACGAAAUACCCUCCGACGGAAAUUUUAAUGAAACUUUGAAACCGAAAAUUGGAGAAGACAAAUGGGAUCAAGACCAUGUUAAAUUGCCAUGUUCCGCCCAUAACGUGUAUGCUAUUGAAGAUAACGACGAGAAAGUUCUAAAGAAAUGGGAUUUGAUAAAAAGUGCCUUGUCCAAGCCAAUACAUAAUAGCCAAGAGUUCUUGGAUGCUGUUUUGACUUACCAGUCGGGAUUUAAAGAAAUAUGGAAAUUUAAGGCUCUACAUAAAUUUUUCAACGAGUAUUGGGACGAAGCGGAAAGUAAAAAGUUUUUCGAUAUAACUCUCCCUGAAGUUGUGAAAUUGGCGUUGUCACUACCCGACCUCAUAAAGUCGCCUAUACCACUUUUGAAACAAGGUGAGAACAAGUCGAUAUCGUUCACUCAACUUCAAUUAGCCAGUUUAUUUGCAAAUGCUUUCUUCUGCACGUUCCCUGAAAGAAAUAAUAAGAGAAGAGACUCCGAGUACAAGACAUAUCCGCCGGUUAAUUUCAACUCACUGUACGAUGGCGGUGGACCGAAAGUGAUGGAGAAAUUAAAAUGCAUCUGCCAUUACUUCGGAAGAAUAUACAAAGAUAAGCCAAAUGGAGUAGUAACAUUUUCCCGCCAUCAUAUACCAAUAGAUGAUUGUCCAGAUUGGAACAGCUGUUCUUCAAAGAUAUCCAAAACAAAAUUAUUUGUCGAUUCAGAUACACUUAUAGAGGACGCGUCUGGUUGCAUACAAGUGGACUUCGCUAACAAAUACAUCGGCGGUGGGGUUCUCCGUCGUGGUGCUGUACAAGAGGAAAUACGGUUUGUGUCCAACCCCGAACUCAUCGUGUCUCUUCUCUUCGCAGAAGUCAUGGCACCCACUGAGGCUAUUAUGAUUAUAGGUAGCGAACGGUUCAGCACUCACUCAGGUUACAGCAUGACCUUCAAAUGGUCUGGUGAUUAUAAAGAUGAAACUCCAAGAGACUCAUCAGGUCGAAGACGUUGUGCAAUACUUGCUUUGGAUGCUAAGAGGUUCCCGAAACCAGAAGAACAGUAUACCAAGGAGAUGGUGGACAGGGAACUUAAUAAGGCAUACACAGGAUUCUCAAUCCACACUACAAAGGAGGUUAUAAAUUUCCCUGGAGUAGCGACCGGCAACUGGGGCUGCGGGGCUUUCGGCGGUAACGCUCGUCUCAAGUCGUUGCUACAACUGAUAGCCUGUGUGGAAGCAGGCAGACCAAUGGCCUAUUAUACCUUCGGAGAUGUAGAACUGAGAGAUGAUAUCAACAUCAUUUAUAAUUUGCUAAUUGAAUAUGAGAUUACUGUGGGUGAACUGUAUAAAAAUAUUCUAGAAUACUGUCAAGCUGACGUCCCCAGAACAAACUUGUAUGAUUACUUAAAGGAGAAAGUAAAAAAAUAAUAUUUUUAAUCGAACAAAAUAUCAAGAUUGUGUACGGGAAAUUGCCUUUUGAUGUAUGCAUUUGAAUUUGUAGGAUUAAAUAAAGAUUUUUUAUUUUU